GGAAAUUCAAAGAAAAAUCUUCAAACCACAGAAAAUUGAAAGAGUCGGAGCGUCUUUCUUCAACGCGCUUCAUUUCAAAUGCCAAAUGGAUUUUCCUCCUGAAUUUCGAUUUGGGUCUUCGCAGAUCUCCCAAUCAGUUUCAAAUUAGGCUUCCGGGUCGUGUUUGGAUUGCCAUUUCUUUGUAACAAGAUCGAAUCAAAUGCGACUUUUUCUUUUCUUAGUCUUUCGCUGGUUUCUGCUGAAUUCGAAUCUACUCUGCUAGGUUUUUUUUUUUUUUUUUUUGGUCUCUCAGGGAUUCUGAAUUAGUAUUGGUGCAUUUGUUUUCUCCGAGAAAUUCUUCAGGAUUUGGAUUUUGGAUGCAGUCUUUGGAUUUGGGUUUUUGGUAGUUUACUGAAUUAAGAUUUCAGAGAAGCUAUAUUCGUGGAUUCUUGUACUAUGGAGGUUGUUGAGUUAGCAGUACUGGACACAGUCUGGAAUUGGACUGGGAUUUUCAUGAUCUUCGAAUAAGAUUUCGGUGUACUGAAAUUCGAGUUCCAGUUUCGGUUUAGGACUUUUGUCUUUGGUUAUACUGAUUUUGGAUUCUUGUAGAAUCGACUUUGAACUUUCGGUGGAAAUUCGUGUGUGGAUUUUGAAAUUUGUGUGGUUUUUUUAGUCCGUUUCUUUGCAGAUUUCAUUAAAUCGAGGUUUUAGGCUGUUUGAAGAUUUUGUUCGGAAGCUCGAAUUCAGUCGAUUUCUGGUAUCUGUAAGUAAUGGAUAGGUCGAAAUUAGCUGCGUUAGGUGAGCGGUUGAAGAUUGGUGGUGCUCAAAUGAGUCGAACUAUAAGUGGAAAAAUGAAAGAGAUUCUGCAGGUCCAGACACGAGAGGCGAAGAUGGUCGACGAAGCUACAUCGGAAUUCUUGGAAGAACCCAACUGGGGUUUGAACUUGAGGAUCUGUGCUUUGCUUAACGGCGGUGAAUUGAGCGGACCGGAAGUAUUGCAUUCUAUCAUGAAGAAGUUUGUUAGUAAGAGCAUGGUGUGCCAGCGGAUGAGCCUUGAUCUGUUGGAGGCUUGUGCUACAAAUUGCAAUAAGGUCUACUCAGAAAUUGCUUCUGAAAAGGUCUUGGAUGAGAUGGUGAGGAUGAUUGAUAAUCCGCAGACGCAUUUCAGUAACAAGGAGAGAGCUCUGCAGCUGAUUCGAACAUGGGGCGAGUCGGAUGAGCUUAUGUAUCUGCCUGCGUUUCGCCAAACUCAUAUGAGCUUGAAGGCAAGAGAGACACCAUUUGUCACGCAACGUGAUCUUAAUAUGGAAACCAUCAUUAUUCCAAAGGAAUCCAACAUUGAUCGACAGACGGCACUACUACCUGAAAGUUAUGCGUAUCAUGGCAUCACCCUUCCAGUGGAAGAGAAGAAAGAAAUCCUCGUCGUCACUCGAAAUAGUGUUGAACUUCUCUCUUCCAUGUUGAACUCUGAUGGACAGCAGAAAUCCGUGAAGGAUGAUCUAAUGUUAAGCAUAAUGGAGAAAUGCAAGCAGUCACAGCCCAUCAUACAAAAGAUCAUAGAAAGCACGAGCGACGAUGAGGGUUUGCUCUUUGAUGCUUUAAGUCUCCAUGAUGAGCUCCAACAGGUCCUUUCCAAGUACAAAGAGGCUGAAGCUGGUGUUCCAAUGCCAGAUGGGCAAACACUAGAAGGUUCUGUCCUGCCUGGCGGUCACCACGAUCAUGUUGUGACGGAAGAAGCCAAAAUGGCAAGUUCCUCUACAUAGGACAGCAAUCGAUGCAGCAUUUUAUAGUAAAAACAAGGGAUGUCCAAUAUGUUUCAACUAUGUUUGGUUGCUGAGGAAUUUAGUCUUCUGUAGAUUUUUGAAUGAUAUUUUCAGGUAUAGAACUCUCUUAUAUCAA